GAAAAGUCUGGAAUGGAUUUCUGACAAUUACUAUUUGGACGAUCUGUAGAGAUUAUGCAGAUUCCUGCGUCUUCCCUCGUCGUCUUCUCAGGUUUUCUUUGGCCAUGAAAGAGGCUUCAAUUUGAUUCUGAUUAACAGUUUGUGUUUUUGAUUUGGCCAUUUGUUUUGGAUCAUUAUCCUGCCGAAAGACUCAGUUAUGACCAGUUUUCCGACAGAUUAAUUUUAAAUCUCCCCCCUUGCUGUGUGACCUUUUCUGCACCUUUUCAGUAUUUUUCAGUCGGACUGAAAAAUACUCCUUUUCACGGGUUUGGACUUUCCCUGCAACUCUGUUGCAACUGCGCAUGGCCUUGAAAAGUAACUGUGCAGGGACAUUUCAUUAUUUACACAAUAAGUAAUGAUUAGAUCACAGGAUUUGCAAGUGACCAUUACUGGAACAGUAGUUGAUCCUUAACCGGAAUACCGCACGAUGAAGUUCUGUGUUGCUGCUUUUCUCUUCCUGGCAUUCUUCUGCCACGGCAGUUUUUCCUGUCCAGCUUUGUGCAAAUGCUACCCCACAAGUGUGGAGGUCGUUUGUAGUGAAGUUCCUUUGACGGAGUAUCCAUCAGCGGGUCUUCCAGAGAACACCACCAUGCUGACAAUUCAGCUGACAAACAUCACCUCCAUAUCGGAACACCACCUCAAAGCAACGCCACUUCUGAAAGAGCUCCAUCUUUAUGGGAACCAGCUUCAGAGCCUCUCGUCUCAUUUACUCAGAGGAGUUCCUCAGCUGCAUACGUUGGAUCUGACCGGAAACGAGCUGAGUGAUCUGCCUGUAGACGUCUUUGGCGAUGCUCCACUUCGAAACUUGGUUCUUAAGAACAAUCAGAUUAAGCAGGCAGAUCCAAAGUGGCUUCCUCAUAACAGCAGCUUGACCUGGUUGGACCUCUCUGAAAAUCAUCUAACAGAGAUCCCAGUUGGUUUGCUUCAGAGGCUCCCUCACCUAGAGAAUAUUGACUUGUCCAACAACCGACUGGAAAAGAUGCCACCAAACUCCCUGGACCAUCUGACUAAACUCGAGAGGCUAAACCUGCAAAACAACAAGCUUGAGACUUUGGAUGCGUCUGUUUUCCAGUUCACACACAACCUCACUUCUCUGUUGCUCUCUCAAAACAAGCUCGCCAAACUCCCACAGUACCUCUUCCACGGACUCGCCAGACUCGCACAUCUCAGUCUGGAUGACAACCAGCUCAGCCGCAUCCCCAAAGGUUUCCUUGACUCGCUGAGCUCCCUUGAAGAAGGCGGACUGGACCUGUCUGUCAACCCACUACUUUGUGACAGGGAAGCAGAGUACCUGUGGAGGUGGCUUCAGAGAAACAAGAAGAAGGUUUUGUUGGCAGACAACAUCACCUGUUCAUUGCCCGAGUCUCUCGCAGGGCGCUCGGUAAUUUCCCUUACAGAAAACGAUCUGAACAUCGGGUCUCAACCUUCCUGAUUCUGACUGUAAUUAGGUGUAUAAAAGGGCUAAUUCAUGAUUUUUUUUUUUUUUUUUUUUUUGACUGGGGUCCUUUUAAAUUGUAUAAGCUGUUAAUUUCACAGAAGCUGAAGAUAUUGGCUCGUCUGAAGCAAAGUUCUACGUCCUUAACAUGUCUCUAAUCGCAGAAAUGCCACAUCGGUUUAUGACAGUGCAAUCAAAGCAUGUUUGGUUGGUCAUAUAAAAAAAUGAUUACUUGGGAAAUAGAAGUGUUGUGCUAUUCCAUUAGUCUUUUUAUAUGAAACCUAAAUGAAAACAAAAUGUGUAUAUUUUUUUUAAUAUUACAGUUAUGUUGUAUCUGUAAUAUAAGAAUAAAAAGAUGUAAAAAGUUAACAGUUGUUCAAGUGAACAUUUCAUUGAUCUUAAAAAUCUGCCAGAUUUUUUUUUUUUUUUUUUUUUUUGUAUGUCUUCUGGAACUAUUUUAUAUGUUUUUUUUCUUCAUGCAUGUUUAAACACUGGAAGGUCAUUGGUGGUGCACCACCAACUUUCUUUUCUGAAGUAAAUAACCAUUGUUUUCUUUAUAAAAUUGCACUGAAUUCUUGUUGGCCAAGAUGGUGUGCAAAAACAGAAUAUCAUUUUAUUUUUAAGUGCAAAUAUAACAGUUAUUUAAAACAUACUAAAUUAACAAUGACAGUUUUGAGAUGCAGAAGAUUGGUUUGGUCUUUUUUCCUCUUGGGUUAGCUGUUAGCUUUAGCCACUGGGGCUUCCUAAUCUGAACAAGAAGUUAUCUGCUGAUGCAUUGGAGAUUUUGGCUCAUUCUGACAUUUCAGUAAAA